CACAAUGCAGUAUUAUAUAAAUGGUUAUGCUUUUAUUAUUGUACACAUAUAGUUAAAAUGUGUAAAAUCUUGAUUUAAUUACAAAGUUUAUGUUGCUGUUGACCGAUGUGUAUGAGUAUACAGAGCAUUUAAAAAACAAAACCAUCGCAAUCGAUUUCUGCUGCCAUUGAAAGGUUUCAUUCCAGGCAUGACUUGAGCGAUACGUCACUUCAGUUGUAAGUUUGACGAACUGUAGGCUAGUUUGGAAGCGAGUGCGCUACGUACAUUGUUCUUUAAUUAUAAUACAAUAGUUAAAUGGACAUUUAUUUGCUGUGUGAUUGUAACAACGUAAAAAAGGAAAACAGAGUUAAUUCAUUUGUUUGAACCCAGACGAUCGUGAAAAUGGCAAAACAUACUAUUACGUCUUUAGCAUUUAAAAUAAUUAUUGGAGUAGCUAGUAUUAUGCUUAUGCUGCAUUAUGCACCCAUUUCUGAAAUACCUAGCAUGUAUGCAGUAGAGUGCUACCAAAGCUAUCAUGUAUCGCACCAUUCCAAAUUGUACGACUUUGUGAUGAUGGCAGAAACUGCAAAUAAGUGGAUGAAAUUCGUAACUUUCGUCGCUACUGACCACAAACCCAUUGGAAUCGGCAAAAUAUAUAAGAUUGUAAUAGACACAAAUAUAUUUCUGCUUACUGUUGUUGAGCACCAGCAUGGUCAAUAUGCUGCUUUGGAAACGAUGAGUAAGGAUAGCACACCGCAGUUUCGCAUUGAAAUACGCUUUACCGGUGAUCUUUAUGCACCAUGCCAAAAACGACAACAAAGUGAUUUCGAUCCCCGACGUUUAGAUCUAUUUUCCUCGGAUAUAUUGUCUAGUCUAAAUUCAUUGCUGCACGUCAAACGGUCUGAACCGUAUGAAGUUUUAAAGGAAGCUAAUUUAAACAACAUAACGGCGAUGGUAGAAAACUGCGUUUCUGUUCAACAGCAAGGUGCUAGCUUUUCUAAUAGAAUCAAUUCAAAUGGGUUAACUUUAAAAAUAUUGUUGUUACACGACUCAUUGUUAUUUCAGAACACCAUCGGAGUGUUGUAUCGAUACUCUUUAAGACGGCAUCUCAGACGGUCCUUGGCUAACCUGGCGUACGUAUUACCACACUUAGAGGAACAGGGAUGUACCUUAUCACCAUCUGCGUGCUUAAACCACUGA